AUGUCAGUGACAGAGAAAGCCUUUGUUCUGAUCAAAGACAUUCAAAAUCAAAGUUUGCUCACCGGUGUAUACCAACCGUUGGUGGAUUUAAUCUUGGAAUCGCAAGAAAAUGUUUUUCACACAUGCACCUCUCUUGAUGAGCUUAUGCAACAGCUGGACAUUCAAGAGAAUACAGCCGCUAUACUCUGCCUGCUCACAAACAAAAUCAGCAUUACAACCAUUAACUUGGAGCAGACAUUUGCACAGAUUUCCGAGUUCAUCAGUGAAUGCGCCGACGCCCAGGUGAAAGCUCUACCCAACUUGUUUUCCGCACUUUGUCGUUUUUUCACCGAUAAACUAAUCGAGUCAAAGCAGUAUUUACGUGGCGUCGAUCCGCUUUGCAAAGCCAUCACCAAAGCACAGAAUGCUCCUACGCAGUUGACUUCUAUUCACUGUGACCUUUUAAAGCUUUGCUUGUUGAGCAAAUGCCUUAAGCCCGCGCUUGCCUUCCUAGACGUGGACAUCAGUGACAUUAGUCGCGAAGCUGAUACCUUUGAUGUAAAGUACUACCUGCUUUACUACUAUUACGGUGGAAUCAUCUACGCGACCUUCCGCAACUUUGAGCGAUCGCUCUUCUUCCUGACUAGCGCCAUCAGCGUCACCGGCAUCGCCAUAAGCGAAAUUGUCGUCGAAGCCUACAAAAAGUACAUCCUCGUCUCACUACUGGUGCACGGAAAGGUGGGCCUUCCGCCGAAGCAGAACGCCAACUACCUCAGUCGUUGCAUUCGCCCUUUGUCAGUAGCGUACACCGAGCUCGCCAGCGCCUACUCCGAGGACAAUGCCGAAGAUCUUGAAAAAACGUUUAUGAAGUAUCAUCACGUGUACGAGCGGGACACUAAUGUGGGUCUUGUCAAGCAGGUGAUGGCGUCAAUGGUCAAGGUGAAGAUUCAAAAGUUGACCAAGACCUUUAUGACGCUCUCCUUUGGCGAUAUGGCUACCCGAGUGAACUUAGCCGCCGGCGAAGCCGAAGCGGAAAGCAUCAUUUUGCAAAUGAUCGAAGAUGAGGAGAUCUUUGCGUCGAUUAACCAACAAGAUGGCAAUGUUCUUUUUCUCGACAAGCCUGAAAAGUACAACAGUCCUGCCAUGUACCGCCUAUUAGAGCAGGAGCUGCAAAAGUGCGUUAAGCUCAAUGAGAAGCUAAAGGAGCUCGACCAGGACAUUGCUUUAAUGCCCAAGUACCAGAAACUGCGUGCUGCCUUAGACUAA